AUGAGCAAGCUGCUCGUGGUCUUUGGCGCCACUGGCCAGCAAGGCGGCUCGGUGAUCGAGUACGUCCUCAACGACGCGGAGCUCGCGAAAGAAUACAAGAUCCGCGCCAUCACUCGAGACACUUCCAAGCCUGGGGCGCGCUCCCUACGAGACAAGGGCGUGGAAGUGGUCAGCGGAGAUCUCGCCAAAACCGAGACCCUACGACCUGCUCUGCGCGGAGCUCACACCGUCUUCGCCAUGACGAGCCCCUUUGAAGGGUUAUCCAGGGAGCAGGAAUGUGAACAGGGCAAGGCAAUCGCCGACAGCGCGGUGUCCGAGGGGGUGCAAUUUUUCAUCUGGAGCACGCUCCCCAGCAUCGCGAAAAUCAGCCAUAAUGUCUUCACCCAGGUGACCCACUUCGAGGCGAAAGCCGACGUGGAAGCCUACACACGCGGGUUGUCCAUCAAAUCCGCAUUCUUCGCGCCGGGCUUCUUCAUGCAGAACUUCCAGGCCAUCAUCGCUCCUCGGCCAGUCGGCGACGGGACCUAUCAGCUUUCCAACGUCCUCAAACCGACGACCCAGGUCCCGCUGUUGGACGUGGUCGGAGACACGGGCAAGUUCAUCGGCGCCAUCCUCGCGGCGCCGGACAAAUUUCAGGGCCAGGUUCUCCGGGCAGCCACUAAAUUGUACUCCAUGGAGCAGAUUGCCCGAAUCAUGAGCCAGGCCACGGGGAAGACGGUCAUCUACAAGCAGAUACCCGAGGAGACGAUGCGCAAUGCCCUGCCGCCUGGCCAUGCGGCUGAGCUGGUGGAGAUGAUGAUGUAUUACAGAGAGUACGGAUAUUAUGGACCGGGCACGGAAGAGAUGGUCGAGAACACGGCCAAGCAGGCGAGGGGCAGCUUGACUACGUUUGAGGAGUACCUUGGCCAACAUCCGUUGAAGCUGCCGUGA